UCUUGGGGACCAGGAAUGCCUGUGCUGCAGUUAAAUGGCGGCUGGGCUGUAGGAAAGAAACCGGAACUUCAAUACAGCCUCCAAAAAUUCCAAAAUAUACACCCGGAAUCAGUCAAUAAUUCUGCAAAGCACCGCAAGAUGACUCUAGUGUACAACCGCGUGCCGAAAACAGGAAGUCAGAGCAUCAUGCUGCUUCUUCAUGAUCUCGCUGCCAGGAACAACUUUGCCUUCUACAAGGACCGAGCGCGGAUGGUCGAACACAUCACGCUCAACGAAAGUGAACUUGAAAAUGAACUGCAGCUCAUUGACAGCUUCCAGCCCCCGGCCGUCUACGUGAGGCAUGUCUGUUAUAUCAACUUCACGACUUUCAACAAAACGCAACCACUGUACAUAAAUAUGGUACGAGACCCGGUGGAACGCGUAAUCUCAUGGUACUACUAUGUCAGAGCCUCGUGGUACAUUGUGAAUCGGCAGAGGAAUUUCCCCAGAAUGUCUCCUCCGUCCGUGCCAUGGCUGAUAAAGGAUUUUGAGACAUGCGUUCUGAAUAGAGAUGUGGAGUGUCGCUACAUAGAAGGGAAGAACGUUCAUGGUUUUGCUCAACUUACAAAUUUCUUUUGUGGCCAAGAAAAUGAAUGCAGGAAAUUCAACACGGAGGCAGCGCUGCAGAAGGCGAAGGAGAACGUCGAGCGAUACUAUUCGGUCGUCGGUGUGCUGGAGGAACUGAACGUCACCCUCGCCGUCCUGGAGCACUACCUUCCGAGGUUCUUCAGGGGAGCCAAGGAUCUGUAUUGGGGCGAAAUUAAAAGAUUCUCGAAGGUUAACCGGAAUACCUUCAAGCCAUCUAUCCCGGAGAGGAUUAAGGAAAUGGUGCGGAAGAACUUUACGAGGGAAAUCGAAUUCUACGAAUUCUGCAAACAUCGGUUGUACAAACAGUACGCUGCUCUCAAGCUAGAAGCAUAGGCCUGUGUGUGUGUGCGUGUGUUUGUGUGCGUGUGUGUGUGUGUGUGUGUGUGUG